UCUUGGUGGGCAGCGAACCGAAACCAGAGCGACAGAGGUCCCAGAGCCGAAGAAGAAGAAGAAAGGAAGAAACUUCGAGAAAUCCGACAUGGCAGAGCCGCCGCCGAAGAGACAAGGAGGCGGCGGAGGAGGAGGAGGAGGAGGAGGAGGAGGACGCCCUAUGCCUCCGCCGGGGAGGGGCGGCCCCCCGAUGAUGCAGCCCCCUCGCCCUCGCUUCGAGCCCGUCGAGCGAGAAAAGACAUGUCCGUUGUUGCUUCGAGUUUUUACCAAGCUUGGGGGCCAUCAUUCCAAGGAAGACUUUGCAGUGAGAGGCAAAGAGCCCAAAGAUGAGGUCCAGAUUUAUACAUGGAAAGAUGCUACUUUGCGCGAGUUGACAGACCUGGUAAAAGAGGUAGCUCCAGAAGCCAGGAGAAGGGAUGCAAAAUUAUCAUUUGCUUUUGUUUAUCCAGAUAAAAAUGGUCGUUUUGUGGUUAGAGAGGUGGGAAAGACCUUUUCUUAUGGCAAUGGGAGACGACUAGACGAUGCGAAGACAUUGGCUGAACUGAGCUUUCAGAUUGGAGACUAUCUGGAUGUGGCAAUUCUGUAAAGAGGCGUUAUCCCGAUCCUUAUGUUUUGUUUAGCCUAAAUUAUAGGUUGGAUUGCUUGUGAUGAAUUUGUGUUAUAACAUAUGUCAGAUCCUCCGGGUAAUAUGUGUUAGCUUAUGUUUUGCGCACAUAAGAGGACUUUGAAGUAUAUUUUCGAUGGAAUUACUGGACUCGAGUGUUUGAAAUGCUGGUCAUGGCGUUCAAAUCCUUAA